AUGACUGACAGUAUAGAUCCCACUGUCAGCUUGGGCGUCACUGAUAGCAUGGAUGCAACAGACAGCAUGCAAAUGACUGACGACAUCGGAAGUACCGAGGCGGUAAACGAAAGUGCAUUGAGUGCUGAUGCCAGUACAGCAGAGGUCAUGGAGGUUGGCAGUGGGCUCGCUGCUGCCACAGACUUAGCAUCAAACCUAGCAUCAGAUACAUCGGAUAUGGGAGCGUCAAGUGGUGAUGCAGGUGCCAGUGCACCUACCGCAAGUGACGACACUUCUCCAGAAAGUGCCAGCGCGGCUGCUCCAAGUGAAAGUGUUUCUGAUGCAACUAUGGAUGAUGGCUCGCGGGAUAUCUCCGACGGUGCAGAUGAUGGUGUAUCAGCCUUAGCCAGUGAACUUGAAUCAAUGGCAACAGAUGCUGUGGAUUUCGCUUCAGAUGCAUCAGAAGCCGCUGACAAUGCUGCUUCGGCCGCGAGCGAAGCGGCAGCCGGUGACUCCGCAACUACUGCAAACCCUACAGUUACAAUAAAUUCGGCAACCGACGUCACUACUUCAACGGACGAUGCUGCUGCAACAGGCGCUGGUGUUAGUGACAAUGCCGGUGCAGUCGCAUCGGAUGUCGCAAGUGACAUCGUCUCAGACGUUGCCAGUUUAGAUGGCUCAAACGUAGGUACCGACGAAACCUCAGACGCAGGAUCAGAAUCAGCUCAGGCUACGGACGACUCCCCGAAUAUCCCUGGACGUAUUCCCGGAGGUGUGGACGGUGGGGUAUCAUCUCUCGCCAGCGAAGCUGAGUCUGUAGCAACUGACGCUGUGGACGGCGAGACAGAUGCUUCCGCUGCCGCGAGCGAUGCCGCCUCGGCGGCUAGCAGUGCAACAGGGGCAGCGAGUGACGCAAUUGAAAUGGCAACUGAAGCUAUUGGUGUGGGCGCGUCCGUCGAUUCAACAGAACAGGCUGCUGCAACAGGCGAGAGUGACGGUGCUGCUGCCAGUGAUGAUGCGACAGAUGUGGCUGGGGAGAGUGCCAGCGCACCUGUCGCAAGUGGCGCUGCUAGCGAAGAAACUAGCGACGACGCAGUUGCACCUGUCGCAAGCGUUGCUGCUUCUGAAUCGGCUUCUGCUGAGCCCACGGAUGACAUUCGAGAUAUUACAGAUGGCGCAGAUGAUGAUUUAACUGCCUUAGCCAGUCAGGCAGAGUCAGAAGCAACGGACGCUGCAGAGGCAGCAACAGAUGCAGUUGCUGCCGCUAGCGAUGCCGUCUCGGCAGCUGAAAUUGCAACAGUGGCAGCGAGCGAAGCUAUUGAACUAAUAACUGAAGCCAGUGCACCUGCCGCAAGUCAGGAUGCCUCAGAUGCUGCCAGUAUCGAUAUGUCAGAGGCUGCCUCCGACAUAGCCUCUGAUGCGGCUAGUGAUAAUGCGGCAAGUGCAGAACCAGCAUCUGCCGAGCCCACGGACGACUCUGGAGACAUACCUGGUAUAAUUCCUGACGGUGCAGAUGCUAUUAUGUCCUCGCUAGCCAGCGAAGCUGAGUCGGCAGCUACUGACGCCUUGGAGAAAGCAACAGAUGCCUCUGCCGCCGGUGCUUCAACAGAAGCCGUUGCUGCUACAAGCGAGGAUACAUCUGUCGCAGUCAGUUCCGAUGCGUCCGAAUCUGAAGAAGACGAUGCGCCAAGUGGCGGAGUUGUAUCCGCAUCC